CUUGCACCCACAAAGAAUGGAAAAUCCCCUGUUAACGAUGAGCUGUUCAGAAAUAGAAAAGCUGCCGACCAAAGAAAUUCUGCUACAUUUGGACCUGCUUUACCAUGUUCCCCAUCGCUUAUGCAAGGUUAUAAAGAUUUUGACUUCCCGCCAGGUCAAACACACAAAAAUUCUGAAGGCCGCCAUCUAUCUGCAGCGGAGCGACAGGUUAAAAUACAACAAAACAGCAAUGGAAUAUAUUCUGUGCAUGUAUGAUAUGUUUGAUAAGUCGUGUACACUCAGUGAGUACAACGUGUCCGCACAUGGCAGGCAUAUCGAUUUCCUUGAAUACGAUUUGUCUGCCGUCAAGAAAUCGCUGUGUGACGGAGAAAUUGACGAAAAUUUGCUCAAUUUCUGUCGAAAUUUGAAAAACGUGUUUAAUAACGGAAUGAUAACCGACAGCAAGAGAUUCUUAAAAGAUGUGGUUAGGAUUUUGCAACAGUUUGGGAAAGAGAAAAGAGUUAAUCUGCGUUAUUACGAGAACCUGAAGAUUUUUGAUGAGCGAUCUUUGUUGAUUCUCAUGAGAGAGAGGCGCUUUAAAAGGAGUAUCCGAUUUAUGUUGUGCAUUAACUCAGUGUUGAAACCGAAAUCAAGGCUGAUCCGUGCCUUUGUUAAAGUGAACAAUGAAUGGAAGAAUUGGCAGCAGAACGGCUUUCCUGAAUACAGAAUUGAUGAGCAAGAAAUUGAAAAAGUUUUAAACGCAGAAAUUGCACAAAGAGAACCUGAAAAUAUCACUUUUGAUGUAAGCGAGGAGAACGAAUGUCCUAGUGAUGUGUGGAGGGAGUGGAUAACAGAGUAAACUGCACGUGCAUGUUGUAACCGUAAUAUUGUGCCAAAAUAUGGAAAUGUGGCCGGUAAAUCGGAUUUGCCUAACUUUUGGGAGCGCUACACCAAAUAAUGAAUGCGUAGUUGCGAAUUGCACAGCAUCUGCGUUUUUUUCGGCAUGAAUUGGAAGAUCUGCGGUAAAAGCUAAUUAAAACUGAAAAAUGUCCAAAUAAAUGACGAUAAUCGUUUACAGAAGA